AUGAUACUAGAUAUGUAUACGCUCUCAUCAAUUAAAUGUUUUCUUCUAUCAAGUUACGGUCUUUUUGCAUUGAAUAUGCAAAGCUCAUUAGGUCUUGUUAUAGGAUUAGAUCGACUUUAUAAUGUUACCUUUCCUACUAAAUACUCAAAACUCCCGAAUUCGAUCUAUAUUGCACUUGUUAUUUUUUGUGUUUUAUUCUCUUUCUUUAUCACAUUAUUUGGAUACCAAUACGCAACCGAUUCUGAAAAAGUUCCGGUUUGCCUUCCUCCAACCGCUUACACAGGAACAUCGAGAAAUAUAUGGAUUGGCUCUAACUUUAUUAUUUCAAUUCUCGUUAUUUUUGUCUAUGGUGGGGCUCAUAUUCGAUGUCGGAUACUUAAAGCUAAGCAUGUACACGAACAGACUGUGGAAACAGUUAAUAGACUUCUGAAAUCUCUAACCGUCGUGAUUGCAAUCUAUGUCUGCACGUGGUUUCUCACGAUAAGCUCACUCGUUGUUUCACAGGUAAGCAAGUUUUCGCCCGAGGUGACAGCCGAGAUCAAUCGACAAUUGGGAUGGCUUGUGAUAAUCAACGCUUCUCUAAACUUCUUCGUCUAUUUCUGGAGAGCUUCCGAAUACAGGUUAAAUUCAAAAGAUCUCCCUGAUAAAGAACAUCGUUGCAGGAAAUCCAUCAUCAAGCUGUAUGGUCUCAGCCGAGCCUUCAAGUUGGAAGCAUCAGUGGAUACAGGAGCACGAAUUAUGAAGACCUCAGUGAAAAUAUGA